AUGUCUUCUUCGAAAUCUCUCCUGUCCGUGUCCUCAGCUGCCUCCCUCCUCUCUGAUGGCCGCUCGAAAAAGGACUCCAAUAACCCGAUCAACCAACUCAUCGCCUUCUACAAGGACAGCGUACGAUUUAUCAACAGAUGCCACAAACCUGAUGAAAAGGGUUCCGAUCAUGACACCUUUUCUAGCGGAUGUAUUUCGGGUCUUUUAUCGACUUUUGCUACCUAUCCCAUGGAUCUUCUCCGGACCAGACUCGUUAUUUUGAAGCACCAAAGGAAAAUUUUGAUUCCCGAAUUGAUAGGCCUUGCUAGAGAAGGUUUCGGCUCCUUUUAUAGGGGGCUUUUCCCGUCUUUGCUUUCAGUAAUGCCGCAAAGUGGACUAAACUUUGCAAUCUUUACGACCAUUUCCCAAUUUCGGGAAGGCAAUGAUUCUUUUGUUGCAGGCCUUCUAGCCGGAGGUCUUUCCAAGCUUGCCGUCCUUCCUUUGGAUCAUGUAAAAAGAAGAUGUCAAGUCAGCUCAUCAUCAAGUCUCAUUUUAGGUUUAUAA